AUGGCCGAACAACAUGUAUCAUUCAAGGUCGAGGACCUAUUCUCCGUGAAGGGAAAGAUCAUAGUUGUGACGGGCGGAGGCUCGGGCCUUGGAAAGGCCAUCGCUGAAGGGUUCGCUGUCAAUGGUGCGAAAGUGUACAUCGUGGGCCGAAGACAGGCAAUGCUUGAUACCGCCGCGAAAGAGAUCCCGGGUGAUGUGCACACAAUUCAGGGAGAUGUACAGUCUCAAGCGGGUUGCAUCAAGAUUGCAGAUGCACUUAAAGCUCAAGUAUCCCAUGUUGAUACCCUCAUCAACUGCGCAGGAGUGAAUAGUCCAUGGAGGGUUCAGGUCAAUGAUCACAACGAUUCUGAUCAAGUUGAAAAUCUGUUGAUCCACGGAGUCGAGGAGGAAGACUUUGACCGGGGCAAUCAAAUCAAUGUAAACGGGGUCUAUUUUCUGACCGUCAACCUGCUUUCCCACCUGAGAAAGUCCGCCGAGCCAAAUGUUUGCGUGAUCGCCUCGCUCGCGGGUCUUGGAAAUCAAAGGUCAAUGGGAAGCUUGACCUACGCUGUCUCAAAAGCGGCCGCGAUCCAUCUCGCCAAGCUUCUUGCUGGUCGUCUUCACCCAAUGAGAAUCCGUGUAAAUACAAUUUGCCCUGGUAUUUUCCCGUCUGAAAUGACAGGAACAACUACAGGCAAGCACGAAUACGCCAUCAGCCACCAGGCCGAAAAAGCUGGUAAGCGCUGUACUGCUGGACGGCCCGGUCGACCCGAAGAGAUUGUUGGUCCUGUCUUGCUCCUGUCAAGCCCGGGCGGUGGCUAUAUGAACAAUGCGCUGCUGACAGUCGACGGCGGACGACUGAUGGGGAUAUCCAUCAACGACGGUCUCAGAAUGCCUGAAGAUACAUACACAGAAUUCAUUGAAGGCUAG